AUGGCAAUCUACUGGAUCUGUCCGCACCUCUCGAAGAUACUGCAAGGCCAGGUCCCGGAGGCUCAGGUAUUUCCUGCAAAGUGCGAGGCUAUCACAAUCGAAGAGGCGCGCGAGAGGGGUUUAAGCGAAUCGAUGAUCGAGGCCAUUUCUAAGCGCUCUUACCCGCAACAGCCGAGCGCCUACAUCGUUUUGAAUGUCAUCGCUGGACAGGAUCGUGGGUUACGCAAAGGUGACAUGCUGUGUCAGCUGGAUGGGCGCGCCGUUGCUCGAGGCUCAGAUCUGGCCGUGCCAUUUACAGACGUGGUUGAAGCCAAGAUCGUCCGCGACGGCACAGAACACACGGUGAAUAUUACGACACUUCCAAGCGGGGACUUUACCUUCGAAUCCGCCGUCGAGUUCUGCGGGGCGUUCAUUCGCCGCCCGGUGCUGAGUUGCCGCCUGUUCUUCAUCGCAGCGGUAGAUGGCCAGGAAACGCGGGAUGAGUCAGAGCUUCUUGAUGUGGCGAAGACCCUGGAAGACAAACAAGAAAUCACGCUCAGUGUUGAAUCCAAGGAUGGUCGCGAGGGCCGCAUCAGCGGCAUCAGCGGCAUCAGAAGCAUCAUCGUUCAGACGAACACUGAGCACUUCCCAACCUGCCAAAUCGUUCGAGCUGGGUUUUUAUACGAAGUGAACAUCGUGCGUUCAGACCAUGACCGAGCCAUCGAGUCAGUUGAUGAUAUCUGA